AAACCCUAAACCCUCCACCAAAACGAAUGGCGUCCCUCCUCUGCUCCCCCGCCUCAAAAUCGCUCUCCGUCACCACCUCCGCACUCUUCCUCUCCUCGCUCGCGUCGCUCUCCCCCGCCCAUACCCAUCCCCUCUCCGCCUCCGCCGCCACCCCGCCCGUCCCGGCCUCCGUCCCCCCCACCGCGCUCAUCCCUAACUCUCACUUCCUCGUCGACGCCUUCCGCCACGCCGGCGACUUCUCCGUCGCCUACUUCCUCUCCCACUUCCACUCCGACCACUACGCCGGCCUCGGGCCCUCCUGGCGCCGCGGCCUCGUCUUCUGCACCGCCCCCACCGCCCGCCUCCUUGCCUCCGUGCUGUCUGUGCCGCAGGAGCUCAUCGUCUCCAUUGACAUUGACGUCCGCAUCACCGUUGAUGGCUGGGGCGUUGUCGCCGUCGAUGCCAACCACUGCCCUGGGGCCGUCCAAUUCCUCUUCACCUCCCCUGGAACAAACCCGGAGAGGUAUGUGCACACCGGCGACUUCCGGUACACGCACUCCAUGAGAAGCAACCCUAAUCUGCUGGAAUUCGUCGGUGCUGAUGCGCUAUUCCUGGACACCACAUACUGUAACCCCAAAUUUACAUUUCCUUCUCAAGAGGAGUCACUAGAGUAUGUUGUGAACACGAUAAAGCAGGUGAAGGAGGAGAGUGGGGUGGCUGGAGAGCGCGUCUUGUAUUUGAUCGCUACUUAUGUUGUGGGCAAGGAGAGGAUUUUGCUGGAGGUUGCAAGGCGCUGUGGGUGCACGAUCCAUGUGGAUAGUAGGAAGAUGGAGAUUUUGACAGAAUUGGGGUUUGGUGGGGAGAAGGGAGUUUUUACUGAAGACCCUGCAGCAACAGAUGUGCAUGUCAUAGGGUGGAAUAUUUUGGGGGAGACAUGGCCCUAUUUUCGGCCGAAUUUUGUGAAAAUGAAGGAGAUCAUGUUGGAGAGAGGGUACACCAAGGCAGUUGGGUUUGUACCAACCGGAUGGAUGUACGAGACCAAGAAGGAAGGGUUCGCAGUUAGAGUGAAGGAUUCGCUCAAAAUACAUCUUGUACCUUAUAGUGAGCACUCGAGCUAUGAUGAGCUGCGGGACUAUGUGAAGUUCUUGCACCCAAAACGGGUAAUUCCCACCGUGGGAGUAGAUGGUGGGAAGCUUGAUGGUAAGGAGGCAAUUGCUUUACAGAAACAUUUUGUGGGACUGGUGGAUGAGACAGCAAACAAACACGAGUUCCUGAUGGCAUUCCAUCGAAGAUCCACAUGUGCUUCUCUUAGCCAUGAGGAUGUGCUGGACAAGUGUUCCAGAGAACAAGAUGGGGAUGCGUCUGCUUCGUUACCAGAAAAUAAUUCUGUUUCUGAACUACCAGACCAUUCGAAGAUUAAGAUUACAGAAGAAAUGAAGAAAGAACUGUCAGAUUUCCUACCCUCAUGGGUCAACAAGGACCAGAUCCAGGGCCUGUUGAUGAGCUCGGGUGGUGAUGUUGUUCAAUCAGCAUCUGCCUUCUUUGAGCGGGAAAGAGAUUUCUUUGAGGAAGCAAAUGUUUCUAAUAAUGAAAAGCCUAAGUCAGGGGAAAUUCGUACUUCUGAUCAUGGAUCUUCUGCUGACAUGAGUAGUCAGCAGGAAGUUCCUUCGUUUUCACAGAAGCCCAUGGAGCAUCCUGCCAAGGUGGUAAACUUGACUCCUGUGAGAAUGAACUUGAAUCAAACUAAGAAGGAAAGAAAGAGGGGUUCUAGCACUGUAAACAAGUCAAAAAAGAAAGGAAAAUCAACUGCCUCAACAGAAUCUGGUGGACGCAAGCAACCCUCAAUCUUAAACUAUUUUGGUAGAACAACGGCCACUGCUUCUAUAAGUGAGACAUCCAAUAAAGUAACAGUGGAUCCACAUCAAAACAAUGGGGAAAAUGACAAUCAGUUACUGGACAUUGUGGAAUCACAUAAGCAGGGAGUAAACCAGCUUCUUCAGAUUGUAGAUGGCAGCAUGUCGAGAGAAUCUGCAAUUUCCUUGCUUGAGAAGACAAAAGGAGAUGUGAAUGUAGCAGUUGACAUGUUUUACAGUAAAAUCCAAAACAAUAAUGUACCUGACAGUGACAGGAGCAUUGUGCCGCAGAAUACGCAAAAUGAAAUGAUAGAUAAAUGUGAUAACACAAACAUGGUCCACAACUCUUCUCAGGCUACUCCAAAGAUGCAAAACUUGUAUGUACAAACUUCUGUAGCACAAGAAGAUUCGGUGAAUAUAUCAUUGCCAGUUGAAAAGUAUCUUCCCAUUGAGCAUGCUUGCUGGACAGCAGGACAGCCUGCACCAUACUUGCAUUUGGCUCGCACUUUUGAUCUUGUAGAAAGAGAAAAAGGGAAGAUCAAAACUACUGCCAUGCUUUGCAACAUGUUCAGGAGUUUGCUUGCCUUAUCACCCGAUGAUGUGCUACCUGCUGUUUAUCUAUGUACUAACAAAAUUUCUCCGGACCAUGAAAAUAUGGAACUAAACAUUGGCGGCAGUCUAGUUAUAUCUGCUAUGGAGGAGUCUCUAGGAACCAGCAAAUCUAAAAUACACGAGAUGUACAAAACUUACGGUGAUCUUGGUGAUGUUGCCCAAGAAUGCCGUCAGAAUCAAACACUGCUUGCUCCUCCUCGUCCACUCUCAGUUCAGGAUGUAUAUUCUACACUUCGAAAGCUAAGUGCAAUAUCAGGUGGUGGGAGUGCUGGGAGGAGAAAAAUUCUCGUGUUGCAUCUUAUUCGGUCUUGUAGAGAAAUGGAAAUGAAAUUUCUUGUUAGAACGCUGAUCCGUAACUUGCGUAUUGGCGCUAUGAUGAAGACAAUCUUACCAGCUCUUGCACAUGCUGUUGUUCUUCAUGGAAAAUGUGCAACAGGUCCUGUGGUAUCCUUGGAGGGUGUAAAAUCACAAUUGCAGAGCCUUUCAACUGAAGUUACUGAGGCAUACAAUGUCAUUCCUAAUAUGGAUUUGCUCGUUCCCUCUCUUCUUUAUGAAGGCGCUACAUUUUCAGCUUCGUCCUUAGCAAUGGUACCUGGCACACCUAUACCACCUAUGCUUGCAAGAAUUACUAAUGGGGUCACUCAAGCACUGAAGUUGUUUAAUGGUAGAGCAUUUACUUGUGAGUACAAGUAUGAUGGUCAGCGCGCCCAGAUUCACAGAUUAACUGAUGGAUCUGUGCAAAUAUUUUCAAGGCAAAUGAAAGAUUCAACUUCCCGAUUUCCUGAUUUAGUUAACAUGAUUAAAGAGCUUUGCAGCUCAGAGGUGGCCAGCUUUAUACUGGAUGCUGAAGUUGUGGGAAUCGAUAGGAACAAAGGAAACAGGCUGAUGUCAUUCCAAGAAUUGUCUUCAAGAGAAAGAGGGAGCAAGAACUCUUCAAUUGCAAUUCAGAACAUAAAGGUGGUUGACAUCUGUGUAUUUGUUUUUGAUAUUAUGUUCUGCAAUGGACAAAGGCUAUUGGAUAAGCCACUUCGUCAAAGGAGAAGCUACAUCCAUGACCUUUUCCAGGAGAAGCCAGGAUACUUGGAGCUAGCUCAGCAGUUAAUUGUUGAACAAGAUGAAUCAUCAAUAGAUAAUUCUAGCACUUUACACAGAAUGAGCAGCUUUUUUGAGAAAGCAUGCCAGUCUUCUUGUGAGGGCAUAAUGUUGAAGACUCUUGAUAUUGAUGCUGGAUACUCUGCUUCCAAGCGCUGUGAUUCAUGGUUAAAGGUGAAGCGGGAUUAUGUCGAAGGACUAGGUGAUAGCCUUGACUUAGUUCCAAUCGGUGCAUGGUAUGGAAAUGGGCGGAAAGCUGGAUGGUACAGCCCUUUUCUGAUGGCAUGCUACAACCCUGAAUCUGAAGAAUUUCAAAGUGUAUGUCGUGUUAUGUCUGGUUUCUCAGAUGAUUUCUAUAAAGAGAUGAAGGAAUUCUAUUCCGGUGAAAGGAUACUGCCCAAGAAACCUGUUUACUACAAAACAGACGAGCAGCCGGAGUUGUGGUUCACUGCUGAACAUGUUUGGGAGAUCCGGGGUGCAGAUCUCUCGUUAUCCCCCGUCCAUCACGCGGCCAUUGGUAUUGUGCAUCCAUCGCGCGGGAUCUCGGUGAGGAUGCCGAGGCACAUACGGUGCGUCCCAGAUCGGAGCCCAGAGGAUUGCAGCACGGCCACCGACGUUGCCAGCAUGUUCAGAGCUCAAACCAGGAAGAUGGAGGUCAGCAGCGAUGGCCCUGGUGCAAGUCACCAGUGAAAUCUCGGUACCAGCCGCGCAGCGCGUUUUGUACAUGUACACCAGCAGGAUAAUCUGAAGCAAACACCGUAGUAUUUUCUCACCUUUUGUAUGUGCGUACUACUGGUAGCGUGUAGUAGUACCAAACAGCGGCCUUCUAAUGCAGUCCAUUCUGAUAGCAUUUGCCA